CUUGGAAGACUUCCAGUUAGAGGGUGUCCAGGAUCUAAGUCCACAAACAAGACAUGUCGUCUUGGUUGUGGCAAAUUGGAAACAACAGACCAUGUCGUCUGCUGUUGCCAAGUCAAUUCAGCUCUAUCCAUUAAUAGACAUAAUUCUAUCUUAGAUCUAAUGGUGACAGAAGCGGAGGCGCUCGGCCACUCCGUUUCCGUCAAUCGGGCAAUUGACUCCACCGGAAUGCGACCUGACAUCGUCGUAACAUCGACGAACCCAGCUAUCAUUAUUGACGUGACAGUUCCACUCAGCAGUGCAGAAGGGUUAGAGAGGGCUAGGAAUAAGAAGAUAGAGAAGUACAAAGACCUUGGAUCUGUACUUCCUCUAGUCGUUGGUUCUCUCGGGUCCUGGCUUCCGAGCAACGACGCCAUAUCUCUAGCCCUCAGCAUUCCUGGAAGACGAUGGAACAAUCUGAAGAGGAAGAUGAAAAUCUUGGCCAUACAAGGAACGACCAGAAUAAUAGCAAAGCACUUGGCCUAUCAAACAGAAGGAAGCGAUCCACCGCCCGAAGAAGAUGAAGAAACAGAAGACAACAGUCUUCUGCAACAUUCUCUUUAAGGGUUUUUUAACGUAGCGUUGACACGUCGUCUCGCGAACUUUUUCCCUUUACAUAUUAAUGUAAAAACCUAAUUGUAUACAGCUUUAUUCCCAGUCCAUUGGAAAAUACAAAGCAUAAAAUCUG